AUGGCCUGGGGACUGCCCAGCAGCACCAGCCUUGUGUGCUUCUGUCAGAAGCUGAACCGGGUGAAGCAACUGGAGGAGUCCACCACGGAGACAUCACUUCAGCGCUGCCUGGCCACGCUGGACCUGACCCUGUUGGGUGUCGGUGCUACAGUGGGCUCAGGCCUCUAUGUACUCACAGGCACCAUGGCCAAGGAGAUGACUGGGCCUGCUGUGCUCGUGUCCUUCAGCAUCGCUGCCAUGGCCUCCCUGCUGGCAGCCCUAUGCUACGUGGAGUUUGGGGCCCGUGUGCCCCGCACAGGCUCUGCCUACCUGUUCACCUACGUGUCCUUGGGCGAGCUGUGGGCCUUCCUCAUUGGCUGGAAUGAGCUCCUUGGGUACCUCAUUGGUGGUGCCUCUGUGGCCCGCGCCUCGAGCAGCUACCUGGACGCCAUCUUCAGCCACCGCAUCCGUAACUUCACCAUGGCACAUGUGGGCAUCUGGCAGGUGCCUUUCCUGGCCCAGUACCCCGACUUCUUGGCUGCCGGAGUCAUACUUUUGGCCUCCACAUUUGUCUCCUGUGGAGCCCGUGUCUCUUCCUGGCUCAACCACAUACUGCUUGCUGUGAACCUGCUCGUCAUCCUCUUCAUCAUCAUCCUGGGGUUUGUCCUGGCCCGCCCGCACAACUGGAGUGCUGACGAGGGCGGCUUUGCACCCUUCGGCUUCUCUGGCAUCAUGGCCGGUGCCGCCACCUGCUUCUACGCCUUCCUGGGCUUUGGCGUCAUUGCUGCCUCCAGCGAAGAGGCCCAGAACCCGAAGCAAGCCGUGCCUAUGGCCAUCAUCAUCACUCUGGGCCUGGUGGCUGUUGCCUACAUCCUCGUCUCCACUGUGCUCACCCUCAUUGUGCCCUGGCACAGCCUGGACCCUGACUCAGCACUUGCUGAUGCCUUCUACCAGCGGGGCUACAGCUGGGCGGCCUUCAUCGUGGCGGCUGGUGCUAUCUGUGCCAUGAACACCGUCCUGCUCAGUGACAUCUUUACCCUGCCACGCAUCGUAUACUCCAUGGCCUCCGACGGGCUCUUCUUCCAGGUGUUUGCCCAUGUGCACCCCCGGACGAAGGUCCCCAUAGUGGGCAUCCUGGUGCUCGGGGUCCUCAUGGCUUUCCUGGCACUGCUACUGGACCUCCAGACACUGGUCCAGUUCUGGUCCAUCACUGUACUGCUGACCUUUACCUUCGUGGGCACCAGCACUAUCGUGCUACGCUUCGACAAGUCCCCUCCAGCCAGUUCCCUGGGCCCAGCCAGCCCUGUGGGCACUGAACAGGCCUCAGCCCCUGAGCCCGGGCAGCUGCGACCAGCCCUGAGGCCCUACCUUGGCUUCCUGGGUGGGUGCAGACCUGGAGCCGCUGUGGCUUGGGCACUUGGUGUCCUGGUGUCCUCGGCCAUCACUCUGGACUGCGUGCUGGUCUUUGGGACCUCGGCUCUGCACCUCCCUCCCUGGGGCCACACCCUGCUGCUCCUGCUCAGUUCCGUCGUGUUUCUGCUCAGUCUCCUCGUCCUGGGGGCCCACCAGCAACAGCACCGGGAGGACGCCUUUCAGGUUCCCAUGGUGCCCCUGACUCCAGCCCUGAGCAUCCUCCUCAACAUCUUCCUCAUGCUGCAGAUGAACUACCUGACCUGGCUGCGCUUGUCCGUCUGGCUACUGAUCGGACUCAUGGUGUAUUUUGGCUACGGCAUCUGGCACAGUAAGGAGAACCAGCGGGAGAUGCUGGGCUUGACUGCCAUACGUGGUGGUCUGGAGGAGACGGCGCAGGCCUUACAGCCCCUCAGCCAGGCGCUGGCCCAGGACCCCGGCCACACGGAGCAGCACGCCAGUGCAUGAGGACCGCUGGGGGCCUGUCUGCCCUCCUGCACUUCCUCAUGUGGACAGAGGGGCUGGCAGCUCCUUUUAUCCAAGGCAGCUCAGAUUUGCAGGCCUGCCCAUGCCAAGGGGUCCUUAGGAUCUCAGACCUUACCCCAGGUGCCAAACUUUGAG